UUAGCUAGCUGUUCUCCUUCCACUACUACGGCAAUGGCUCAUUCCUUGUUUGACUUUGAUCUCAAUGUUCGUUUAGAGGACGAUGACGACGGCAACGUUCCCUUGGAUGUCAAUGAGCAUGAAGAUGACGACGGCAACGCUGGCUUUGAUCUGAAUGAGUCUGUACAUGAUGAGCAUGGCAACGGAUUCGAUUUGAACUUGCCACUUGAUGAAUUUGGAGCUGUUGAUUUUGAUUAUGUACAAAACCUAGCUGAUCAUGCCGAACAAGUGAACCAACUGAAGCAUGAUUAUUCUAAUCAUGUUAGACAACAAGUGUACCAAGCUCUGUUGAUGAGAAGCAAGAAUGGGAAACUUGGCAAGAACGACACAACAAUUGUUGGUCAACAAUUUGGAGUAAAGAUUAGAACAGUUCAGCGCAUAUGGGAGCAAGGUAAAGAACAACUUGCUCAAAAUAUUCCAGUCAAUGUUCAUAAUCGAAAGAGAGGUAGAAGUGGUCGUAAAGCAAUCCCUAUUGACUUGGAAAAAUUGAGGGACAUUCCUCUCAAAAAUAGAAUGACGAUAGAAGAUGUGGCUAGAGAACUUGGUGUUAGCAAAUCUAGGAUUCAAAGUUAUUUGAGAAAGGGCCAGCUUAGGCGCCACUCUAGUAGCAUCAAACCUUACCUCACUAGUGCUAACAAGGAGACUAGGUUGAAGUGGUGCAUUGACAUGAUCGACCAAGGUUUGCUUGAUGAUCCAAAGUUCAAGGAUUUGUUUGACUUUGUGUUUAUUGAUGAGAAAUGGUUCUAUCUCCAUCAAAAAUAUGAGAGAUACUACUUGCUACCCGAUGAAGACGAACCACACCGCACUUGCAAGAACAAGAAUUACAUCCCUAGGAUAAUGUUUUUGUGUGUUGUUGCUCGGCCAAGAUUUAGAGAUGGAGUAUGUGUGUUUGAUGGCAAAAUAGGUUGUUUCCCACUAGUUACUGUUGAGCGAGCUAUUAGAGGUAGUCAUAAUCGGCUGUGUGGUGAGCAAGUAAUCAAGCCAAUCCAAUCAAUCACAAGGGAUGUCAUAAGAGAUUUCAUGAUAAAUAGAGUGUUGCCGGCAAUUAAAGCAAAGUGGCCAAGAGAAGAUGUGCACAAGCCAAUUUUCAUACAACAAGAUAAUGCUCCAAGCCAUUUAAAAGUGAAUGAUCCUCAUUUUUGUGAGAUUGCAAAGCAAGAUGGGUUUGACAUUAGGCUUAUAUGCCAGCCAGCCAAUUCUCCAGAUUUUAACAUUCUAGAUUUGGGUUUCUUUCGAGCUAUACAAGCGAUUCAAUACGAGAAAAAUGCUAAGACAUUGACAGAUCUAAUUCCAGUAGUGCAAGAGGCAUUCUUGGAGUACAGUCCAUGGAAAGCAAACAGGAUAUUUGUAACACUACAAACUGUUUUGAAGAAAGCAAUGAAGAUUAAAGGUUGCAACAAUAUAAAGAUUCCUCACUUGUGGAAACAAAGACUAGAGAGGCAAGAUAGGCUGCCAUUGCAAAUUCCUUGUGAAGCUUCAUUGCUAGCCGAAGCACUUGCUAGUCUCCCUGCAUGAAAGCAUUAGAAAAACAAGUUACCUUCUGCACUUUAUUGUUUGAACGCCGCCGGCAUGAAAGCAUUAGAAAAACUAUGUUAGCUUGUGCACCUUACUGAUCAUGUAUGCCGUCGUGCACUGUUGCAUUACUUUGUUCCUUCAUCUUUGCUGGAGACGCCGCCGGCAUGGAAGGUUUUGCAGCGAGGACAGUGCACCACGCUGUCGUCGUCUGGCGCCUCCUCGACAGAGUCCGGGACCUCAAGGACGGAGUCCGCGACGAGCUCGACGUAGUCCGGCACCUCCGGCACGGUGUCCAGCGGGUCGACGGUGUCCGAGUCCGCGACUAACACAUCCACCGAGUCCGCGAACAACUCCUCCGAGGCACCCGCGAACACCUCAUCCGAGGCGACCGCGAUCACCUCCUCCGAGUCGCCCGCGAUCACCUCCUCCGACCUGCGAUCCAUGGAGAUUCCUA